AUGAAGCCUCUCUUGCUCAGCAUCUUUGCUGUGGUUGCCUCUGCGGCUCACCCUUAUUGCCUGCCCGGCCAGCCGUGCUUCCCCAGCGAGUCUGCCUUGUCCAGUUUCAACGCUUCGGUCAACGGUCGCCUGAUUGCGCCGAUCCCUGCUGGCUCACCCUGCUACGAGACCACUUAUAACGCCGAAGCAUGCAAGGCGGCCGCCUCCAAGAUUGGUGACUUCGAAUUUCGGGUCUCUCAACCCGGUGGGGUUAUGUAUACCAACUUCGAACUUGGUAAUACUACGAAAAACCCUGGUUGCCCUCUUCCUGAGCUGCCCAAAGACGGGUCCGCGCCACCUCCGAUUGCUGGGGACUGUACACUUGGCCAGACGGCUUCUUAUGUCGUCAACGUCACCGAUGCAGUUCACAUUGCCCAAGCUGUUCGGUUCGCUGCCAAGUAUAAUCUGCGUUUUCGAAUCAAGAAUAGUGGUCACGACUACACAGGUCGCUCUACCGGUGAAGGCGCAUUCACUAUCUGGACGCAUUAUAUCAAUGAUGCACAAUUAAUAAAGGCUUUCAAUCCAUGUGGUGGAUACGGUGUGGGACAAGAUGUUAUCUCCGCUGGUGCUGGCGUUAAUGUAGCUCAACUCUACGAAGCUAGUGGGCAGAAUGGAGUGGUGACAAUUGGAGGUUAUACAGCUACUGUUGGCGUAGCAGGCGGUUACGUUCUCGGAGGGGGUACAGGCCCUUUUGGCGCACUCUUUGGACUUGCAGUCGACAAUGUUAUCCAAUUCGAUGUUGUCACAGCGGAUGGUGAGCAGAAGAUUGCUAACGCAUGUUCCAACCCUGAACUUUUCUGGGCUCUCAGAGGUGGUGGUGGAGCUUUCGCUGUGGUCACACGGGCUUAUUUCAGAGCAUACCCUGCUUUCACAGCUGUCAAUACGUUCUUUGGCCUUAUCGUCUGUAGUGAUAAAGACAAUUACGCGAAGGCUCUCGAGACCUUAGUUGACCAACAGGGCCCUUUGCGCGAAGCUGGUCAGCUUGGUAUCUGGUCAGCCAACAAGGCACUCCGCACUAUCACGAUCAUAUCGUUCCGAGCUUUCAACACCUCAUCCAUUGCAUCGCCUGAAGAUGCGGUGCGCUUGUUUAAGCCCGUCCUCGCGAGCUCAUCCUGCAAGGCAACAAAUAAGACAGCGCAAUUUACAGGACGAUCAAGCUGGAACGAUGCGUACAAAGCGUUUGUACUGCCUAUCAUAUCUCAAGGAGGCCCAGUCGGAAUUAACAUCCUCAACAUCAGCCGAAUGAUCAAGCCAGCCAUGGCCGAGGUCGGAUCUCAAAUGAAGAAACUGGCGAAAUACAUCGCCGACCUUCCUCCGGAGGUUUCAUUUCUUUGGCAGAACGACAUCGGCGUAGCGACGCCGGAUCGCUACGUCGCAGCCGACUCAACUGCAGUCAACCCGCGGUGGCGUGAGACUUUCGCAUUCAUUAACGCCCCCGUGACUGGGCCGCGCAAUGGCACUGUGACUUCUCAGCAGCUUGCUGAGUACGGGGAGGUGUUCAAGGCGUCGGACGAGGAGUUUGGAUCUGAACCUUAUUACAAUGAGGAAUGGAGCCUUGACGUCGAGGACUGGCAAGCUCGCUCUUGGGGAUCCAAUUAUGCCCGUUUGUUGGAGAUCAAAAACCAGGUUGACCCAGAUAGGGUGUUCAAUUGUCCGCGGUGCGUGGGCAGCGAGGAUGGGUAUUGA